AUGGAAGAAAACAAGAGAUGCCCAAAUUGUAAAAAAGUGUUGGCCUUGGAUGCAUUUAGGCAUGAAAAAAGGAAAGCCCAGUGCAAGGAGUGCAGGGGCAGCCAGAUAUGCGAACAUGAGAAAUUGAGGCAUCGCUGCAAGGAAUGCAAAAAGAGCAAACACUUGGAGGGAACCAGGUGCUGCCCAAAUUGCAAAAACAGUCUUUUACCAGAUGCAUUCAGGGUGGUGAAAAAUGGUCAAACAUGGGACAAUUAUGGUAAGGGGUGGCAUUUCGAUCACAAAAUCCUGUUCAGGUAUAAGGAAAGUGGCUAUGCGCCAUCGCUUCAUGAGGUAGGUAGGAGAUUGCACUACACCAAUACCCAACCUAUGUGGGCAAGCGAAAAUAUAGCCAAGGGUAACCGAUAUGUCUCAGAAUAA